GAGAAAAUAACAGCAGUGGUUCCGUGGUGGGCUCUUGCCGGCCUGUGCAUGUCAACAACAUGCAAGCAUGAAAGCAACCACCGUAGGCAAGUAUCAAAAGCGUAUAUAGACCAGCACUCGGAGCGGUCCAUCAUCCAUGAUCUUUCCUGAUCUCUCGUGGUACCAGCCGUCAGCUGUAGUAGCCGUCACUCUGCCUUAUUCGUCCUGCCAAAGCACAGCGUCCAGAAACGUGAAGCGCCGCCGCCAAGCCGGUCCAUCUGCCGCUUAUUCUUCAAACCCGUCUUGUCAUCAUGUCGGCCUACGAUCUUUCACUCGGCUGUAUCCUCAUCGGGGUGAUGCUCAACAUUUGGCUCUACGGCUUCUCCGUAUUGCAGACUCACCUCUACUACACUACCUUCCGGAACGAUGGCAAGUGGCUUAAGAUAUUCGUCGCGUUUUUGUUCAUCAUCGACACAAUGAACAGUGUCUUUGACGCGCAUUUCAUAUACGACUACUUGGUCACCAACUUUGGCAACCUGCAGUUUGCGUCUCGCUCCAAUGUCACGUUUACGACGGAUCCCGUAAUGACGGGCAUCAUGGCCUUCUCGUGCCAGCUCUUCUUUGCCUGGCGCGUGCGCCGCCUGAACAAGGGUUGGAUCAUCCCUGCUAGCAUUUGCAUCCUCUCGUUCGCCUCGCUCUUGGGUGCAAUUGGCUCGACAAUUGGCGUCUCGAUCGUGCUCACCUUUGAGAAGUUCCAAAGCUUCCAGGUCGUCGUCAUCAUCUGGUUGCUCUUUGCCGCUCUCGCCGACUUGACCAUCACGGUCAGCCUGAUCUACACGCUCCGACAGAGCAGGACCGGGUUCAAGGCAACGGACGACCUCAUCACUCGGCUGAUCAGGAUCACGCUCCAGACGGGCCUGCUCACUACCACAUUUGCCAUUAUCGACCUGAUCCUCUUCCUCGCCAGCCCCACCACGCUGCACCUGGUCUUCAAUCUGCCGCUUGCCAAGCUGUACAUCAAUUCGCUGCUCUCGACGCUCAAUGCACGCCAGAGCAUCAGCAAUGUCGUCUUUUCCGCCGACGGCACGGGCUCGGGCUCGGGCGUCCGCGCCAUCAGCGGCACGGGCAACCGCCACUCGACGUAUGCUGGCGCCGUCACGUCGCAACCCGUUUCGAACGUGCAGACCGCGUCGCACGGCAGCCGCGGCAUCUCGAUCCUCGCUCGGCUCGGUGCGACCGGCCGACCGAAGCCUGCGGAUGCGGCCUCUGCGCUGGAGAAUGGCGUCCACAUCCACACAGUCGAGGAGCGCUUUGAGGAGAAGAACGCCGUCAUGCACAUUUCGGAAUCGACGUCGACCUUCAAUGUCGACGGCCAGGAUCAGCCAAAGGACCUUGAGAUGUGCACCGCUGCCAAUCGGCCACACAGCAACAGCGUCGGGACCAGCGCCAGCGGCUCGUCGGAUCAGCACACGGCCUGCUCUACCCAGCAACAGGAGCCGGUCUUAUACCACCCGUUCGCGUCGCCGCAACCUGGUAACGCGCUGCAGAUCAGCACGGCCAAUGCCGAACACAUUCCAUGAUCCGUCGGCGCAUCGUUGUUCGUCUUUUCUACGCAGUAUACCCGCCCACUUUGCCGCGGCAGCCAGCAACCCAAAACAGCAAGUCUGUCGCACUUCAUGCAGACACGCACUGUCACACGCAUACAAACAAGCAACCAACAAAGCUCCGCAGCAUCACAGCCCCUCGUUGGCUCAUAUGCAGGCACGCUGGUAGAGCCGAGCCCGAGCGUAUAUCAGUCGCUAGUCACCCUUGUAUACAUAGUCUCACUAUCAUUCUGUCGUAUGUGUUUGGGCAAGCAUAGGUCGCUCAUCACUCGCUGUCACCGUUAUCGUUGUCGCAAAUCCCUUGCAAUUAUUGUUUC